AUGAAGACAAAUCUGUGUAACGAUUAUUUUCCUCGACGUCUACGGCCUAAUUUCUCAUUGAGUGGUGUUCCGAUUCCAAAGGAAUUAAAAAGAGAUCAUGGAUUUGCUCAUCUUCCAAAUAAAUUUAACAUUUUAAUGACUUUAUUUAAUGAAACUGAAAAGAUUCUUCAGGCUGCUCAUGGACGUGAUCAACGUAAAACUUUUGAUGAAUUGUCUGCAAAUGUUGAGAAAAAUACCAAAAAGUAUUUUAAAUUGUUGAUUAAUAUUGAAGUUUUUUUUAGAAAAUUCACAGAAAAACAUUUGGCACAGAUUGUUUCCUUAUAUCCAACAGCCUAUACACUUCGUUGGGAACGUGCAAGGGAUAGACGUGCAAUUCAAUUAGGUCUUUGGGAAUUAGUUAUACAGCCAAAUUUGAUUGGAAAUAAAGAUUUAUCUCCAUUUGUGGACAGUUUUUUGGCUUCAAUUUCUUCACUUCCAAAUACUCCACUUUUAAAUAGUCCAAAUAAAUUUGGAGAAGACGAUAAUAACAAAUGGGCGAUGCCAAAUAGUGUGUCUUCUUCCCCUAAUAAACGUCCUCCUUCACUUACUCCCGUAAAACUAAUUUCACCACUUAAAAGUCCAGCAAGAAAAGAUUGCAAUAUUUUCUCUCCAAAAAAGCCAAGAAAUGCUGUUAUUUUUAGUUCUCCAAUUCCUGAUACGCGUGUUAAAAUGGAUGCAAAUCGAUUAAAAUGGAGGAAAUUGAUUUUUCGUCAUUCGCUAGUUGCUAAAGUACGGGAGGCACAUUCAAAAUUUUUAGAAGAAAAAAAAUUUGAAUUUGAUGAUAAUCAGAAUUUACAUCCAGAAUUUAAAAAGUCAAUAAAUGAAUUAGUUGGUGAUGUUUUGACAGAUGGGGCUAUUCCAAGUCGUCCAAAAUCUUGUGGAGCAAAUUUACAAACAACUGAUAUUCGAAUGUUUCUUAAGAGUGUUAAAAAAGAAACAAAAAUUGAAAGAGAGAAAACGCCUGAACGGCCGAAUCAAGAACAAAAAAUUGAAGGGCCUCCAACUCUUUUAAAAAAACUAACAGUUUCUUCAGCCCCACAAACACCUAAACAAAAUGAUGAUUCUAAAUCACUCCCUCCAAUGACUCCAAUACAAGAAAGGUUGAGAGCAAAAUUUACUGCAAAUGAAAAGGCUCAAAAAGGGGGACUGUCAAUAAUGGAAAAACGCCGGGCAUUACUUAAUCGACUUGACAAAUCUAUUUUAGAGGUGAUUAGAGCACAUUUAAAUUUGGAACAAAGAUUUAGUGUUGGAUUAUCUGAGAAAAGUUUAUUGCAAAAACUUGGAAAAGAAAUUACAUCAGCCUCUCUUCUCGAACAUUUGCAACUUGUUUGUGAUUUGAUCCCUCAAGAACCAAAAAUUUGUUGGCUUGAAACUUUAAUCUCAACAGAAAAUGACCAAAAGAAGGAAUCAAAUUAUUUCAAAAUUUCUCAAGAAUUGGGUCCAGAAUGGGUAAAUAUAGCUUUUGAUGUUGUAAGAAAGGAAUUGGGACUACUUGAAAUGAAAAUGCGGGCAUUACGUCGAUCGCCAUCUUCUUGCUUUUAA